UGCACAGGUCUGAAGAAUUAGCUUUUGCCUUUUGUAAACCAGCUGUGCCUCAUAUCUGUGUUUCUGAAUUCCUUUAAGAAGUACAGUUUUAACAAGCAUUCACUUUCUGUAGCAAACAGGCUUUAAAAUUUUUUUUACUUUUGAAACAAGUAGGCUAGCUAAAAUUAUGAUGUUACUUAGAUACUGCACAGCAUAAUUUCUUAGCUGCAAUUAAUAAAUUGUGUUGUAACCAUAUUAGGCUGUUACCAUGUUUGAAAAUAACUUGAAACACAGCUUACAAGCUCCAGUGUUGUCAGGGUCCCAGUUCAUCAGAGUUAGAAAUAUGCGACAUUUUAGAAAUGGUUUAUGAUUCAAAUAUGACCAGAGAAAUUAGACUUAAGUGAAAUUUAAUGCUACUUCUUGCUUAAUGAGAAAUUUCUCUUUUUAUGGUGAAUUCUAUCUAGAAAUAGCUCUUUCAUAACUGAUGUACUGAGAGAAAUGCCAAUGUUUUCAGUUUUCCUCUAUUUCGGUUUGCUCAUGUCUGUUCUAUGCCCACUUUCUUAAGUGUUAAUAUGUUUCCAAAAAGUUAGAGAAGGCUUGAAGGCAAGAUCUAUGCAAGUGUAUAAAGAUCCAAUGAUCCAGCAAUGCCUUGAAAAUGGGCAAAAACCUCUUUGAUAUCUGAAGUCUUGACUGACCAUGAAUUUAGUGGGAAGAUUUCUCAGAUGUACCUGAUAAGUAAAAAAGACCUCUAUGGAAUAUUUGUACAGUUAUCUAACCUUCAUGGGCCUGACCAGUUUGCCAGUGUGAAUGUUUGGUGUACAUGUGAAGUGAUCUGUUCUCAGGAUAACCUGCCUUGUUCCUAUAGGGAAACUGCACGGAAAAGUCUUUGGGUGCAUUUAAAAUGAUACGAUCUUCCUCAGGAAAUGGUAAUUAAAGUAAAUACAGGAGUCAUGAAUGGAAAGAAAAUGGGCUUCAGAGUUCUGCUUUGAUUCUUCUUGUAAAAAAUUUCAGGUCUUGGAGGAGUGAGUGCCUGGUGCAGUCUCUGCCUGACUCCUUGGCUUCUCUGCAGAAUGUCAAGCAAAGAUCGACACAUUGAUUCCAGCUGUUCGUCGUACAUCAAGACGGAACCGUCGAGCCCCGCCUCUCUGACGGACAGCAUCAACCACCACAGCCCCGGUGGCUCCUCCGACGCCAGCGGGAGCUACAGUUCCACCAUGAAUGGCCAUCAGAACGGGCUGGACUCGCCUCCCCUCUACCCCUCGGCCACGGGGCUGGGGGGCAACGGGCCGGUCAGGAAACGGUACGAUGACUGCUCCAGUACCAUCGCUGAAGACUCACAGACCAAGUGUGAAUACAUGCUGAACUCGAUGCCCAAAAGACUGUGUUUGGUGUGCGGUGACAUUGCGUCGGGGUACCACUACGGAGUGGCCUCCUGCGAGGCCUGCAAGGCUUUCUUCAAGAGGACAAUUCAAGGUAACAUAGAGUACAGCUGCCCAGCAACGAAUGAAUGUGAAAUCACAAAGCGCAGACGCAAGUCCUGCCAAGCCUGCCGCUUCAUGAAGUGUCUAAAAGUUGGCAUGCUGAAAGAAGGUGUGCGCCUAGACCGAGUACGUGGGGGUCGCCAGAAGUACAAGCGCAGAAUAGAUGCAGAGAACAGCCCAUACCUGAACCCUCAGCUAGUUCAGCCAGCAAAAAAGCCAUAUAACAAGAUUGUCUCCCAUUUGCUGGUGGCUGAACCAGAGAAGAUCUAUGCUAUGCCUGACCCCACUGUUCCAGACAGUGACAUCAAAGCACUUACCACUCUUUGUGACCUGGCAGACAGAGAACUGGUGGUGAUCAUUGGAUGGGCUAAACAUAUUCCAGGAUUCUCCACUUUGUCUCUAGCUGACCAGAUGAGCCUUCUGCAGAGUGCUUGGAUGGAGAUCUUGAUUCUCGGUGUUGUAUACCGGUCACUUUCUUUUGAGGAUGAGCUUGUAUAUGCUGAAGAUUAUAUUAUGGAUGAAGACCAGUCCAAACUGGCAGGCCUUCUUGACCUUAACAAUGCCAUACUGCAGCUGGUAAAGAAAUACAAGAGCAUGAAGCUGGAGAAAGAAGAAUUUGUCACCCUCAAAGCUAUAGCACUUGCUAAUUCAGACUCAAUGCACAUAGAGGAUGUUGAGGCAGUGCAGAAACUUCAGGAUGUCUUACAUGAGGCUCUGCAGGAUUACGAGGCCGGGCAGCACAUGGAAGAUCCUCGGCGUGCAGGCAAGAUGUUGAUGACUCUCCCGCUUCUGAGGCAAACCUCCACCAAGGCUGUGCAGCAUUUCUACAACAUCAAACUGGAAGGCAAAGUCCCCAUGCACAAACUUUUUUUGGAAAUGCUGGAGGCCAAGGUCUGACUAAAGCAUCAUGGGCUUCCCCAUCAUGCACGUUUUAAAAAAAUAAAAAAAGAAAAAAAAAGGGAAAAUAAACAGGAUAAUAAUGGCAAAGAAACUUAGUGUUUAAUUAAGGAAAAAUGACUAAAUGACUGCACUGAUAUUUAGCAGCAAGACUGUGAAGCAGCUUUCAACUUUUUCUUCUGUGUCUUUCUGAUGCAGUUUUUUCUUUUCCUUUUCCUUUUCUCCCUUUUCCUUUCUGUUCUUUCCUUUCCUUUUUUCCUUUUCCUCUUUUUUUUUCCUUUGCUGCUGAACUUUUUAAAAGAGGUCUCUAAUUGAAGAGAGAUGGAAGCCAGGCCUGCCAAAGGAUGGAAAUCCAUAAUAUGGAUGCCAGUGAACUUAUUAUGAACCAUAAUGUCCCCAAUGACAAAGGAAUCAAAGAGAGAAGCACCGUACCUAGCAGUACAGUACAACAAGAUGAACUGACUGAAUGCAGUAUUAGAUUUCAUAGGAGCAGUCUCUAAUUAGACGACUAAAGCGACGAUGCAUCGGCUGCUUCUUAUCAUUGCAUUUUCCAUCUAGAUCAGUUACAGCCAUUUGAUUCCUUAAUUGUUUUUUCAAGUCUUCCAGAUAUUUCUUAGGUUAGCUACAAUGUAACUUUUUCAGGGAAUAGUUUAAGCUUUAUUCAUUCAUGCAAUACUAAAGAGAAAGAAAUACUGCAUUUUUGUGCUGGCUUGAACAAUGAUGAACAAUAAUGAAGGACAAAUGAAUCCUGAAGGAAGAUUUUUUUAAAUGUUUUGUUUCUUCUUACUAAUGGAGAUUUUUUUGUACCAGCUUUACCAGUUUUCAGCCAUUUAUUAAUGUGGGAAUUUAUCUUACUAAAGCAAUAGUCGAAGGGAAGGUGCAUAUUAUCACGGAUGCAAUUUAUGUUGUGUGCCAGUCUGGUCCAAAACAUCCAGUUUCUUAACAUGAGCUCCAGUUUAUAACUAAAUGUUCACUGACUCAAAGGAUUAGAUUACACCUGCAGUAUAUCCGAGUAGUCUGCCAUACAAGUACUCCAUGUGGAAUACCAGUCCGUAACGGUGUUAGGAGACAGCGGCUGCGCAGGGGCGCGGUCCCGUGUGAUUUCUAACUGCUUCAGUUGCAAAUGAACGAGACACUACUGCCUGUUUGCAAAAUUGUAACCUCACACGCAGGAAAACCCUACCACCAAUAGUAGCUUAGAGGCGAUGAGGCGAAUGCCGCCGUUUGCAAAAUUAAGAAAUCAGAGUAGUAGACUUCUGACCAAAUUGAAGAAUUUAACACUUCUAUACCUUAUUUAUUGAUUUAGAUUUUCGUUUGUAAAUGGCGAUCCUUAACAAGUAGCUAAACCAGUAUAUGUGCUUUUCAACCAGUAUUGUCACAGCAUGAAAGUCAGUCAGUUUCAAGACUGUUACGAGGUGUAAUCUAAUGUAUAAACCGAUUAGAUGCCCCCAGAAAACUACAGUCGCUAAAUAACCAAUAAACAAUAACCUCCAUCAAACGCUAUACCAAUGUACCAGUGUUAGUAGCUGCUCCCUGUACUAUGUGAACAUCCUUAUUCUAUGUACACAGAUGUAAUUAAAAUUGUAAUCCUAACAAACAAAAGAAAUGUAGUUCAGCUUUUCAAUGUUUCAUGUUUGCUGUGCUUUUCUGAAUUUUUAUGUUGCAUUCAAAGACUGUUGUCUUGUUCUUCUUGUGGUGUUUGGAUUCUUGUGGUGUGUGCUUAUAGACACAGGGUAGAAUUAGAGACAAUAUUGGAUGUACAAUUCCUCAGGAGAUUACAGUAGUAUAUUCUAUUCCUUACCGGUAAUAAAGUUCUUCCUAGUAAUAAUUAAGAGAUCGAAACUCCAAACAAAUACUCGUUAUGAACAGAUACACACUGAAAUCAUAAUAUUUUCAAAACAAGGGAUAAUUUCUGUAACAGUUUAUUAUAGAAUACCAAUGUAUAGCUUAGAAAUAAAACUUUGAAUAUUUCAAGAUUAUAGAUAAGUCUAAUUUUUAAAUGCUGUAAAUAUAGCUUUUAUUCAAUCAUCUCUCAGAUGUUGUUAUUAACUCGCUCUGUGUUGUUGCAAAACUUUUUUGGUGCGGACAAGUUUCCAAAACUAUUGCUACGUUGUGUGCUUUAAACAAAAUAACAAUGGGCCGAUGCUCUCUCGGCCCUCAUGCUAGG